GGGAUUUAAUGGGCUUAAUAGUUUGAUUUCUUAUAAAUGGGCUGAGCGGCGACAACUCUAGGCCCAUAAUUAAAACGACUGCGGUUUCCAUUUUAGAAAGCGCGCUUUUAUGUUUGGCGUCGGUGACAGCGACUUUCGUCCGCUUUUUCUUUAAACCGAAGCAACGGUUUUGAUCCGUACGAAUAAAAAAACCAACGGUGGAGAUUACGCGACGAGGAAGUUGACUUAUGAGUUACGACCGGUAAGUCUUAUAAUAGACUAGUAGAUAAAAUCUCAGCCGUCCAUCUAUAGAUCAACGGUGUCUGUAAAACGUCUAAGCAAAAAAAAAAAAAAAAUAAGAAAACGAUCGUCGUCUCCAAAAUUGACUCUUCUGCUAGAUCUUCGAUCGUCGUCUCCGAAUCUCCAGGCGUAAUCCCCCUUGGACCUAGCUCUUUUUUGAUUCGAGAGUAUUAUAAUCUAUUUGAAUCAGAAUUUAGGGAUCUGUAGUAGUUUCGGGGGGCAUUUUUGACGACGGCGAGAUAUGGCCGGGAAGAGUGGAGACUCGGUGUCGAUCUCGGUGCCGUAUAGGAAUUUGAGGAAGGAUGUUGAAGUUGAGAUGGCGACGAAGCAUGGAAACGAACGCGCUUCUUCUUCUUCCUCUUCGUCUUCGUCGUCUUCUCCUUUGAAUGGUUCCGAUGGUGGUGAACCCGUGGCGAAGGAUUGUAGCUUGGUGACGCUGGUGCUUAGCUGUACAGUGGCUGCUGGUGUUCAAUUUGGAUGGGCAUUGCAACUUUCUCUCCUCACUCCUUAUAUUCAGACCCUUGGAAUAUCGCACGCUUUUUCUUCGUUUAUUUGGCUAUGCGGCCCUAUUACAGGCCUCGUGGUCCAGCCUUGUGUGGGCAUUUGGAGUGAUAAAUGUACUUCAAAGUAUGGAAGAAGACGACCUUUCAUCCUCGUGGGAUCACUCAUGAUCUCUAUAGCAGUGAUAAUUAUCGGGUUUUCUGCAGACAUUGGGUAUUUGUUAGGAGAUACAAAGGAACAUUGCAGUACUUUCAAAGGCACACGGACCAGGGCAGCUUUUGUCUUUAUCCUUGGGUUUUGGUUGUUGGAUCUAGCAAACAACACAGUACAGGGACCUGCUCGUGCUCUUCUAGCUGAUCUAUCAGGUCCUGAUCAGCGGAAUACUGCAAAUGCUGUCUUCUGCUUGUGGAUGGCUAUUGGUAAUAUCCUUGGGUUUUCUGCUGGGGCUAGUGGACGAUGGCAAGAAUGGUUUCCUUUCCUAACCAGUAGAGCAUGUUGUGCCGCAUGUGGAAAUCUUAAAGCAGCUUUUCUUCUUGCAGUGGUCUUUCUCACUAUAUGCACUCUUGUCACAAUCUAUUUUGCGAAAGAGAUUCCUUUGGCAAGCAGUAAGCCCACACGCAUACCAGAUUCUGCACCUUUGCUGGAUGAUCUCCAGCCUGAAGGCCUUGAGCACUCAAAAUCGAACCAUGGUGCUGCCAAUGGGAUUAAUUAUGAGAGAGUGGAACGUGAUAUGGAUGGGCAUCUUGAAAAGUCAAACAAUGAGCAUCAAGAUGAGACCUUCAUUGAUGGCCCUGGAUCUGUUCUAGUGAAUUUGCUAACCAGUUUAAGGCAUUUGCCGCCUGCUAUGCACUCUGUUCUUAUCGUAAUGGCUCUAACAUGGCUAUCGUGGUUCCCCUUCUUUCUGUUUGAUACAGAUUGGAUGGGAAGAGAAGUUUACCAUGGUGAUCCAACGGGAGAUAGUUUGCGCGUGGAACUUUAUGAUCAAGGUGUUCGGGAAGGUGCAUUUGGCUUGUUACUAAACUCUGUUGUCCUUGGGAUCAGCUCAUUCUUGAUUGAACCAAUGUGUCAGCGGAUGGGUGCACGAGCUGUAUGGGCUCUGAGCAAUUUUACAGUAUUCGCAUGCAUGGCAGGAACAGCUCUUAUUAGCUUGAUGUCUUUGAGGGAUAACUCUAAAGGAAUUGAACAUAUAAUAGAUGGAAACGAAACAACAAGAACUGCAGCCAUAAUCGUUUUUGCACUCCUUGGUUUUCCUCUAGCUAUCACAUACAGUGUCCCUUUCUCUGUCACAGCAGAAGUCACUGCUGAUUCCGGUGGUGGUCAAGGUUUGGCUAUAGGAGUGUUGAACCUUGCAAUCGUUAUCCCUCAGAUGAUAGUCUCGCUUGGAGCGGGUCCAUGGGAUGCAUUGUUUGGAGGAGGAAACUUACCUGCGUUUGUUUUGGCGUCUGUUGCUGCUUUUGCUGCCGGAGUUAUUGCUUUGCGUAGCCUUCCCACACUAUCUAGUUCUUUCAAGUCUACUGGUUUCCAUAUCGGGUGAAAACUUUUAAACCGGGACUCCAAUACAAAACCGAGCCACACAGUUUUUUUCAUGAGGUAUAGACUUAAAAUUCAGAUUCUUUUUGUUGGCCAUGUUCUCGUCUCUCGACAUAUAUGUAUGUAGGUUUUGUACAUUUUUAGUUUUGUUGUAAUGUAACGACACAACAAUGGGACUAUAAAUUUACAAAUACACCUCUUUUAUCA